GAUUGAUUUGAUAUGGCCCGCAGGGAAAGAAGGAGGAAAGCUUGAAGACAAAAUUCGCCGUAGACAAAAAAAAUUAAAAUCUCACAAACUCAAUAACAAUCUCUAAAAUGAAUCCGUAAUCUUCACUACUCCCAACCACCUGGCAAUCCCAACACCUCAACCACUAAACCACGAAAGCUCGCAUAAGAAUCCAUCUAAAUGCAGCCAUCAUAACAUCUGCCAUCGCCAUAACUUUAACCAUAUCCAUCGCCAACACCGUCGCCAAUUAUCUUAAGCUGCAAUCAUGGUUGGCAAGGUUAGCGAGAAGGUCCUCCUUCGGGAAGGACUCGAACGGACAGACAAUAGCAUGAAGCAAACUAGCUGGCCCGACGUCACCCCGAUCAACCAGAAAAACUACUAUACUGAUUAUAUGAAACGCGAUGACCAAGUACUGGCCCUUCGAUUACAAGCAGAAGCGAAUAGAGACCGACUCGUUCAAAGUGCUAAAGAUCGCGAUCGAGCACUCGCGCGCAAUGGACACGCCGAGGUGCCCCUCCCCGUUACCGAUAUACAGCAGGAAGAUGGUGCUCCGGCCGCCACCGAGGGCCUGGACCCGUCCAAGGUUAUCGUGAUACAUCCCGGAAGCCAGAAUCUCAGAAUCGGUUUUGCCAGCGAUGCCUUGCCUAAGACUAUACCCAUGGCCAUCGCGAGUAAAUUCCCCCAGACCGAGUCCGAGAUGUAUGAGGCUCUUCCCCGGCGUCAGUUUGAAGCCAAGACCAUAGACCAACAAUACGGAGAGGAGUGGUCUAAGAAGUAUCAGAAGCUGUGCAAUGACUUGAAGGUGGACAUGCGAGCGAGAAAACUAAAAGUGUUGCCCAACUCUAAAGAGUUAGUGGUAAACUACAACAGACGAACCGAGUCGGAAGAGAUAGCGUUGCACAACGACCCUCUCCAGAUCGAAUGGACCGACGUCAAGUCUCUGGAGGACCCCGACUCGGCAGCAUCAUGCUUCAUCGGCCAUGCUGCCCAGCGUAUACCUGACGACUCAAACCCCAAAUUCAAGCUUUGGUGGCCCAUACAACACGGCUGGUUGAAUGAAGAUGAUUACACAACAGCUGAGCACCUAUAUGACGAUUUUGAGACUCUCCUAGACAAAGCCAUCAGACAAGAGCUUGGUCUAACCCGGAAUAGCGCGUGGAAGAAUUAUAGUUGCGUAUUCGUCAUCCCUGAUCUAUACGACAAGAAGUAUGUGGAGCAGGUGCUAAAGUCUUGCAUGACUUGGUUCGAAUUCAAUAAGAUAUGCUUUAUACAGGAGAGUAUGGCGGCGACAUUCGGUGCUGGUUAUACGCAGGCCUGCGUGGUGGAUGUUGGAGCUCAGAAUACAUCGAUCGCCUGUGUCGAGGACGGGCUUUGCGUCGAAGACUCUCGCGUCAACCUGAAGUAUGGUGGUUAUGACGUUACGGAGACAUUUAUCAGGAUGAUGCUUUACGACAAUUUCCCUUAUCAAGAUAUCAACCUUAGAAGACGAUACGACUUUCUUCUAGCAGAAGAGCUCAAGAUUAAAUUUUGCACAAUGAUCCAGAAGGAUGUAUCGGUACAGCCUUGCGAUUUCCACCUCCGCGCACCGAACCAACCGACGCGCAAGUAUCUAUUUAAGACGUAUGACGAAGUCAUUCUCGCCCCGAUGGGCUUCUACGAACCCUCCAUCUUCGACAACUCGACGAAAAUACGCAGCCGACGGAAGCUUGUCGACCGUUCUUACAACGCUUACGACGUCGAGGUACCUGACGACCCGGCGUCUGCGGCGCAGACGGCGAUCCUGGCGCUUAUCAAACCCUCUAUAGUCUCCAAUGCGAACGGUUUCCCAACCUUGCCUACCGACCCCAACGUUGCCACCCCCAUGAAGGAGAAGUCGCAGCCCUUCUCCAACUUCCUAAGAGGCGACCUCAAUAACGGCACGCCCGGCGGCUCAGCCGCAGCUUCGCCGGCCCCAGACGGGGCCGCGACUCCCGUCCCACCAACCUUCCACUUCGGCGCCAACGGCACGGUGACAGGAACCGGCAGCCCAGCCCCCAACGGCACGUCCACCGCUCGCAACGGGCUCUCUCCCGCGCCUCCGCCAGGCAUGUUCGUGGACUCGGCGGCGCGCACGGCCAAGGCGCUGGCCGCGGAGCGCGACGCGGUCCUGCCCGUGGUACCCCUCGACAUCGCGAUCCUGACGAGCAUCCAGAACGCGGCCAAGGGCGACGACAAGAAGCUGCGCGACUACCUGGGCAGCAUCAUGGUGGUCGGCGGCGGGUCCAAGACGGCGGGCUUCGCCGGCACGCUCGAGGAGAAGCUCAAGGCGCGCCGCCCGGACCUCUCCGAGCGCAUCCUCAUCACCCGCUCGGCCCGCGACAUGGACGAGCAGGUCGUCGUCUGGAAGGGCGCCAGCGUCUUCGCCAAGCUGCCCGCCAACGACUCCUGGAUCACCCCCUUCGAGUUCGAGAGGCUCGGCGGUAGGGUCCUGCAUCAUAAGGUGCUUUGGGCUUGGUAGAUUUCGGCAUCUUAACUUACGGAUACCUACACCUACCUAGAUAUUACAUAUGGUGUCGAGAGGCUAGGCUAGGCUGGAUAAGGGGAUAUAAUGGAU